GCUCGAGCCAUCCGCCUGCCGUGACAGUGCUGCACGCGCACAGCUGUGAUUUUGAACCCACGUAUCGUAAUUGUCGCGAAACCCCAGCGCGGAAAAGCCCACGCUUCAGUGCUGGGUCAUGAUGAGGCCAUUGGUGCUCGUGCUGGCAGCCGCCGCGGCCACGGCCGUCGACGUCGACGCGGUCUCGAUGGACGGCGAGGCCGCGGCGGUGCAGGGCCAGUCCGCGGCCGCGCCGCCGCCGCGGAUGAACCCGCGCCACAAUAACCCGAAGGACUGGGCGCAGCAGGCGGACGCCUCCGCCGCAGCGCUGGGCGCUUUGGAAGCAAAAGACCAAAAUAAGGUCGUGCCGUCCGCGGCGACGGGCGACAGCGGCGCCGCGGCCCCGAAGGAGGCUUCCGAGCCCGCCUCUGAGAAAGAGCCGCUUGUCGAGUCCGGCGAGGACGCCGCCGCAGCCUUCCGCGGCGCGGUGGCGGCCUUCCUGUCAGAGAAGGGCCUCGCGCCGGACGAGGCCAUGGCCGCCUCGGAGCUGCGGGAGGCCCAGUACGAGGCGGCGGCGGCCGUAUUGCGCCGGGCCGCCGCCACCGCACCGUCUCUGCUGAGAACGCUCGCGGACGAGGCCGAGCGACUGCAGAAGAACAACGCCCAGGCCAUCGCCGACAUGAUCACAAAAGCGGAGGCCGCGGUCGACAAAAACGCCAAGGACAAAGCGAAAGCGCUCUUGGAGGUCUGGAAGGGCCAGGUCCUGUGUGGAAAUCAAGCAGUGUGUCGGGUGCACCCGAUUUUUCUUCACGAAGUCAUUUCUCGGUGAUGACGCGGCCGCGCGGGCUCAGUCGAGCGCCGAGGGACCCGCAGCGCCACGCCAUCGAGCAGGCGUCGCGUCGAUGGCGUGCAGGUCGACGCGACGAUUCAGCACGAACGCGCCGUAAAAUUUGAUUUCCACACAGGCCAGGUCGCCGCGAAGGCGGGUGCGGAACCCGACGCCGCGGAGAUUGCCAGAGCUAGCGAAGCGUUUUCCGCACACGUCGCGCUCGAAGCGAGGGAGGAAAUCGCGAUCGAGAAGGCCCAAGUAGCCGUGGGGGAAAUAGUUGGCGGAUUGAUGCUGCCCGCGGAGAAGUCUGCCAUCGACGCGAUGUUGAUAGAGGCGGAGAAGGAAGGCGUUGUUCAGUGCAGAAAUCAAAUAUCACGGCGUGUGUCCGUCCACGGCUCAGUCAUGACCUUCACGCCAUCGACGCGACGCCAGCUCAAUGGCGUGGCGGUGUGGGUCUCUCGCCGCUCUAGCACCCGACUCACUGGUUGAUGUGCGCACAGGUGUCAUCGCGGCCCAGGCGGAGUUCGAGAAAGAUGGCAAUGCUGCGGUGAAGGCCGCCGCCAUUGAACGCGCAAAGGCCGUCGCGAAGCAGGCCGUGGCCGAGGUGGCUGGGAGCGUGCGCGGCAAGAACGGCCGCGCGGAGGCGGACCUGUCGUCGUCGGAACUCUACGCGGCGAAGCGGGCGCUGAUAUCGUGUUUGCAGGGGCUCCCCGACGACGAACGUUUGGCGAAAGUGGACCAGCAUGGGGUCCGUGGCUGUGAGUUCGAAGCGUCGAUGGACUGGUUGAGUCGGGAGGAAGGCGCGCCAGUCUUAUCGGGAUUUCGGGACCGCCAUCGCGUCGAGCUUCAAGAAACUGUGGAUCAAUUCCGCAUGACGGCCUCGAAGAUGGGCAAGGCGGUCCUCAUAGCCAAUGCCACGCUCAAGGCGAAGACGGCAUUCGACCGCACGUGCGUCGGAUUUCCCGCCAGCGACCCGCCGGAGCCGUGUAUUGCGGCGGCGGAGCGCGCCGCCGACGGCGCGGCUGUUGAGGCUGAGGCCGCUGUUAUUGAGGCCGCGGAGGGCGACGACGCGUCGUUCACGAGAUCACAUAUCGCGGCGUUGACUGAUGAGACUAAAGCUGCGAUCCGCGAGUGGGCGCGUUUACGCUUAUCGCGCGGGAGCUCCGAAUCGAAUGACUGCGGGGCGCGGCGUCCCUACGGUGCCUUCUGCUCGACGCCAUCUCCGCGACCCGCCCAUGAUGAGAUCGACGCUCGAUGGCGUGGCGGUGCUCACCGGUCGCGCGCGCAGGCCACGGGCGCGCCGUCCAGACCUUCGAGGCGAAAUGUGCGGAGGCGGAGAGAGCUUGGAACAGACCGGCCUGGGAGCGACUAUUUGUGGAGGCGCCGGCUGUGUCGACGAAGGAGCCGCCUCAGUUAGAUAACCGAGCGUGUCCUGGGCGGCCGUCGACCGAGCUCUCAGACCGCGCCGACGCGCGUCGGGCGCGGCUACGAAGGGUUGCGCGGGCCGCGGACGCUGCCACCGAGGCGACGUAUGUUGCGUUCAUGGGAGUUUCUGCCGCUCUGGCAUUACUGACGAUCGUCCUGCGGUGUUGCUGCCGGUGCUCGUCGUCGAUAUGUCUACUAUUGCUGAUAGUCGCGUUGACUGGACAAGUCCGCGUGUUCCAGUUGAUCGGUGAGGACAUCGGUGAAAGUUACGGCGCCUUACAGAUGCAGCAGAUCUUCGCGGGGUGGCUGGUGAUUUCACUCAUCUUCGCUUGUUGGCCGAAGCGGCGGUCGAAGAAAAACAUCGGGCGUGUUGGAUUCUUGUACGGGAAGGAUGAUGAGCACAUCCUGUAGUAAUGUUAUUUCCAGUAGUCUUAGUCUUGACCGCGAAGACGCCAAGGACUUAAUAUAAUAACGUAUACUUAUGCGUCGCGCCC